UAAAAGUACACAUAGCUUCUGUUUUAUCCAAGAAACUUGCAUCCUUCACGAAGUGCCUUCUGAAGAAGAUAUUUCUUGCUCCCGGCUUCUGCCAGCUUGUACACAUUAAGUGCAAAAUCAUGUCUUACCUGGCACCUAUCCUUCAAAUUGGUGGGCAAGGAGGAUCUUCAUUUAAUUUUGAUGGUACUGGAAAUGGAGCCACACUGAAAAAGAUCUGGGUGUGGGCUGGUGGCUGGCAGAUAAAAGCCAUCCAGGUUUGGCUUACUGAUGGAAGGUCCAAGCUGUUUGGUGAAAACACUGGGAAGUUUUCAGAAUUUGAAUUUGGAGAUGGAGAGCAUUUCACGUCCCUUUCGCUUUGGGGGAACGGAGCUGGAACACGUCUGGGUGCCAUCAAGUUCAAGACAAAUCGCUCCCGCGAGUUCUUUGCAAACAUGACAGACUGGGGACUUAAAACAGAAUAUCCUAUUGAUGUGGGGUCUGGGAUCUGCAUGGGAAUCACCGGAAGAGCCGGUGCAGAUAUUGAUUCCGUAGCCUUUGUGUUCAUUAACACGGUCAAGUCUACUAGGCUAAUAAAUGUUCAAUAUCCCACAAUUCAUAGUCUGAUACCCAAAGUGGCUGUUGAGGAAAUCAAAUCCAUGAAAUACCACAAUAACACUGGUGAUACUCAAGAAUAUAAAAUAGAAACCUCUAAAAAAAUCUCUAGAAAGUCCUCCUGGUCUGUUAACAACAAGCUUGAGUUCUCAUUCAAAGUGGAAGUGAAGGCAGGAAUACCAGAGGUUGCAGAAGUAUCAACUGGAUUUGGUUUCACAGUGACAACUGAAAAUUCAUAUGGUUUAGAGAACACUGAGGAGAAAACUGAGCUGUUAUCGUUUCCUGUCAAAGUCUCUCCAGGGAAGACUGUGGAAGUGAACAUCACAAUUGGUCGUGCUACAUUUGAUCUUCCCUACACUGGCAAAAUCGAGAUUACCUGCUACAAUGGCAGCGUGCUGUUGUUUAACACUAGUGGAACCUACAAAGGUGUCAGUUACACUGAUGCCAAAGUGGUUGUGAAAGAUUCAGCAAAAGGCAUGAAAAUGCUAGUUCUCAAAUAAAUGCUUAGCGCAGACACUGAGAAUGCAGAGAUUUUUAUUUGGUGAAAGAUUCAGUAAAAUGUAGUUGCUUGGUUUACGAUUAUUAUUAAUUAAUUAAUCAAAUCUGCUGUGAAGGUGAUCAGUUUCUAUUACUAAAAUUGUGAUCUCAAUCUGUCACUUCCUUUGUUGGUAAAGAUUUUGUUCAUGUAUGUAGAUCGCAUUUGAUUUUGAAUAAGAACAACAAAAAAACAAUGUGGAUUGGAUAUAUGUUUGAGGAAUUUUUUUUUUAUGUAUGUAUAUCUUAAUUGUUCUCUGCGAGAUUUUGUGAUGGUUGAUGGGGAAUGAGUAUGUAACAUUGAUCAAAAUGUCUUUAUUAUAUAAUAUGAUAAUUACAGAAAUAUACAAAUAAAAACAAACAAA